GCAUUUCUAUAGACAACCCCCGUCUAUAUUUCGGGUCCUGAGUCAACGUGGGACAGUACGUUUGUGUCAUGCCGAAUUUGUUGUGAAGUGUUUGUGUUUUUAAUGUCUGUAGUUGUAUUUUGACAUAUUGGACAGUAACUAUUAGUACUUAUCAUGAUGCCGGGGGAGAAUCAUUCCAGAAUCGCUUCAGAAGCAACUACCGGAGUCUGUAGAAACUGCACUGUACUUCACCAGAACCUAAAGGAAUAUGUGGCAGCUCUCCUGGUUUUGAAACAGAAAAGUAUUGACUCCGAUCACCGGCUGAGUGAAUAUCAAGGGAAGUGUGAAGAGCUUCAGAGAUCCCAGAGGGAGACCGGUAAGCUGCGUAAACUUCUUGAUGAUCUGCAGUUGAAAGUAGCUUCUCUGGAAAAGCAACAUGCAGAGAACGAAGCCAUGCGGGCAGAGCUGGAGGCGAAGCAGAGCGCUGAGACGUUGUCCCAGCAGCUUUUUGAGGAAGUGGAGAGGCUGAAGGAGCAGAACAACAACACAGAGACUCUAAAGAAGAGACUUGAGGACCAGCUGAAGAUGGUAACAGAGACGACAGAGAAGCAGUGUCUGGAUAAUGUCCAGUUGAGACGGGAGAAGACAGCGCUGGAGAACGACCUGCUGAAAACGCAGAUGUCGUUGAAGACGUGUCAGAAGGUAGCAGAGGAAGUGCAGCGGUUAAAGGAGGACGACGCCAGGACAUCCGUUCUGAAACACAACUUGGAAAAACAACUUGGACAGUUUCAAGAUUUUAAACGCAAACAAGAGCGGGACAUUACCGGGCUGAAAACGGAGAAGAUUCUGCUGGAGAAAAACCUUCUACACCUUCAGGAACGACUACAGAAACUGGAGACGGAGAAGAAUAAAGUAUUAAAGAGCACAUCAACUCAAGCAACGGCACCUGAAGAAACAAAGGUGGAUAGAGAGAAGGUCCAGAGGCUGCUGGAGGAUCUGUGGGUGUGUGUAGCUCCUCCCUCAUCACACCUCCCUGCCAGGAGAAAACAGCAGUUAAAGGAGCACCUACAGGACAGCAGCAUAGUUGAACCCGACGGACCUAAUGGUGACCCGCCAGGCCCCGGACCCAGCAGGAACAGUGACCCGCCAGGCCCCGGACCCAGCAGGAACGGUGACCCGCCAGGCCACGGACCCAGCAGGAACGGUGACCCGCCAGGCCACGGACCCAGCAGGAACGGUGACCCGCCAGGCCACGGACCCAGCAGGAACGGUGACCCGCCAGGCCACGGACCCAGCAGGAACGGUGACCCGCCAGGCCACGGACCCAGCAGGAACGGUGACCCGCCAGGCCACGGACCCAGCAGGAACAGUGACCCGCCAGGCCACGGACCCAGCAGGAACAUUGACCCGCCAGGCCACGGACCCAGCAGGAACGGUGACCCGCCAGGCCACGGACCCAGCAGGAACAGUGACCCGCCAGGCCACGGACCCAGCAGGAACGGUGACCCGCCAGGCCACGGACCCAGCAGGAACGGUGACCCGCCAGGCCAUAAACAUAGUAGAUCAGUUGAGGAGAUCCUGGACUGGUUCAAGCCGCUGCCUCCUGUCCUCUCCCCUUAG